AUGAAGCUAAUUUACUCGCAUGCUGCGAGAAGGCUCAAGCUAAGUGUAAAUAAGGGCACAAUGUCAGAUCGAAGUGGCUCAAGAGCAGAGCCUUCCGGCCUUGAUGGUCUUCCCCCAAUGUUCAGCAUUUCUAAAGGAGAGGUAGUUUCUGUCCAAACGUAUGGUGCGUUUGUCCGACUCCCUGGAUACAAGAAUCAGGGACUGGUUCAUGUGAGUGAAAUGUCAGCGUCCCGAGUGGAAAAUGCUUCUGAGAUUGUUGAUGUGGGAGAGCAGGUGUGGAUCAAAGUCAUUGGGAGGGAGAUGCAAGGUGAAAAAGUGAAGUUGUCUUUCUCCAUGAAAGCUGUCAAUCAGGGCACCGGCAGGGACUUGGAUCCGAACAAUGUUAUGGCUGAACAGGAUGCACGAAGACGCAGGCAGUUCAGAGACGGUUCAAGAAAUAAAAUCACACUAGAGGCUGUACUGAAUACGACGUGCUCAAAAUGUGGUUGUAAAGGUCACUUUACUAAAGAUUGUUUCUCAGCACCUGGCCUGCAGUACGCACUCCUGCCUGAAGAGGACGCUGAAGAGCCAUUACAGCAGACUUCUACAUCUGCAGCUAUUGUAGACUCAGACAAACGAAAGAAAAAGAAGGAGAAGAAGAAAAAGAGAAAGAGGGAGCAUAAAGAGUCGGACAGUGACAGCGGUAGUGACAGCAGCAGCGAAUGCAAAUCUAAGAGGCAACGUCACGACAGAGAAGACCGAAAGAAGAAAAAACAUAAGAAACACAAAUCUCAUAAACAUAGCUGA